UUGAGGUACAUUUUGUACCAACUUAAUCGCGGUGAACUCACCACACCUGACCUGUGCAAAAAUUUGGAAUAUGUAGCAUUGGCUUUGGAGUCUUCUUAUGCAGAAGGAUGCAAGCUCAUACAAAACGAAGAAGAAGUAGCACAGUUUGAGAACACUGACGUACCAGAAGAGGUUCGAGAAUGGUUGGCACUUACCUUCACACAACAAGCUUCGCAGCAGCCUCAAAAGCACAGCUUCAAAUCUGUUGUGAACGCUAUAAGGACUGGCAUUCGCUUGGACCGGAUAAAAAAGCGUAUGUCCAGUUAUACUGCCGACCUGGUUCCGCCGGAGGUUGCAGAAUUGUUAAAGGAUCUUGAUUCCUGGGAGUUCGAUGUCUUCCGCCUGAACGACGUCAGCAACAACAACGCUCUUAGAUUCAUCGGUUUGGAGCUGUUCUUCAGAUAUAACUUUUUUGGCAAAUUUAAGAUACCGAUGUGUAAAAUGGAAGCAUUCUUGAAUGCACUCCAAGUCGGAUAUAGCAAGCAUGACAAUCCAUACCAUAAUCUGGUUCAUGGAGCAGAUGUAACACAAACAGCUAACUGGAUGUUAUGUAAGACUGGCACAAUGGAGUGCCUUUCAGAUCUUGAACUUUUCGCUUAUUUAUUUUCGGCAAUGAUUCAUGACUACGAACAUACAGGUCAUACGAACAACUUUCACGUGCAGUCUAACAGUGAUUACGCCAUGCUUUAUAAUGACCGGUCUGUGUUAGAAAAUCACCACAUCAGCUCGAUCUUCCGCAUGAUGCGUGCAGAUAAGCAGCUGAACAUUCUGUCGAAUUUGACCAAUGAGGAAUACAGAGAAUUUCGGAAUUUGGUUAUUGAAAUCGUUCUUUCCACGGAUAUGUCGACUCAUUUCACGCAGGUCAAAAAUCUGAAAACUAUGCUUGAAUCAGCUGAAGGGGUUGAUAAGGUUAAAGCAUUAUGCUUUAUCAUUCACUGCUGUGAUAUCUCGCAUCCGUCUAAGCCGUGGUACAUUCAUCUUAGGUGGACAAAACAGCUUUUGGAGGAAUUCUUCCGCCAAGGCGACCAAGAAGCAGCUCUUGGGCUGCCCUGUUCCCCACUGUGUGACAGGCAUACGGUACAAAUGGCUAAAUCUCAAAUCGGCUUCAUCGAUUUCAUUGUUGAGCCAACGAUGAUCAUCUGCGGGGAAAUGCUGAAUAAACUGCUCGAACCUUUGUUGUCAGUGCUCAGAGAAAAGUCUACUCCCCAUUUCAACCACGACGUAGUGUCUGAUAACAGGUAAGC